CAAACACCUCACAGUUUAUUUCACAACUUUAAAUUCAAUUUUUUUUUCACAACAUAAUAACUAGCGUUGAAAAUCAACCAUUCUACUAAAUACACACAACAUUACAAAAAAGUUCUACCAGCGUGGCAAAAACUUCUUAAAAUAGAAUUCAUAUCAGUUUGCUUUAAACCACAAAGGAGUAAUGCACCCAACUGGACGGGGAACCACCAAAACUCUCCUAUCUUUCCUCUUCUACCAUUGUCUCUUCAUUUCCAACAAAAUCAAUCAAAAACACAAAAUUGUCUUCUUUUUCCGAUCCGUCUUGUCUUGCUCGAUAUUUAUUUCAGUUUCAGAAGAAAAAAGCUGUUCCUGGUAGGCAAAUAAUGAGCAUGAGGAAGAAGUGUAGAUGGUAGCAAUGGCAUAAGAUCGAUCAGUAGCUGUACAAAUCAAAAACUAUUGGUGGGUUCAGCCUAAAAUAAAAAUGGAGAACGAAUCAUAUAGUGCUGCAAAUGACACAGAAAACACAAUAGUGUGUUAUGCACCUACCAUGAUAACAACAAAUGGAGUAUGGCAGGGUGAUAAUCCUUUAGAUUACUCUCUCCCUCUCUUCAUUUUGCAAUUGACUCUGGUUGUUGUGACAACUCGCAUUCUUGUUUUCGUCCUCAAACCCUUGCGACAACCUCGCGUCAUCUCCGAGAUCCUUGGCGGUGUGCUAUUAGGUCCAUCAGUGCUUGGGCGUAGUACAACAUUCGCACACACUGUGUUUCCUCUGAGAAGUGUAAUGGUGCUUGAAACAAUGGCCAAUGUGGGUCUCCUUUAUUUCCUCUUUCUGGUAGGAGUGGAAAUGGACAUUUCAGUAAUCAGACGGACAGGUAAAAAGGCGAUGGCGAUAGCACUUUCAGGCAUGAUCUUGCCUUUUAUCAUUGGUGCCGCCUUCUCUUUCCUUAUGCACAAGAAAUCUCAAGGCAUGAACCACGGCACCUUCAUUCUCUUCCUUGGUGUAGCUCUGUCUGUAACUGCAUUCCCUGUGCUCGCACGGAUCCUUGCAGAGCUCAAACUUGUCAACACAGAGCUUGGCAAAAUUGCCUUGUCGUCAGCUCUUGUCAACGACAUUUGUGCUUGGAUUCUCCUGGCCAUAGCCAUCGCUUUGGCUGAGAAUGAAACCACCACCUUGGCUUCCCUCUGGGUAGUACUUUCUAGUGCAGGUUUUGUUGCUGUCUGUUUUUUUGUUGUUAGACCGGCUGUGUCAUGGAUGAUUCAGAGAACACCAGAGGGGGAAACCUUCAGUGACUUCUAUAUAUGUCUCAUUCUCACAGGGGUUUUGAUCUCAGGCUUUGUUACAGAUGCUAUUGGGACGCAUUCUGUUUUUGGAGCUUUCGUGUUUGGCCUGGUAAUUCCAAAUGGACCUCUUGGAGUUACUCUCAUAGAGAAACUAGAGGACUUUGUUUCAGGACUUCUGCUCCCUCUUUUCUUUGCCAUGAGUGGUCUUAAAACUGAUGUUGCAACUAUCAAGGGAACCUCCACAUGGGGAACUCUAUUUCUUGUCAUAUCUCUUGCUUGUGCUGGAAAGGUUAUUGGCACUCUCAUUGUCGCUGUCCUUUACCAGAUGCCGGUACGUGAAGGAGUUACUCUUGGUUUACUCAUGAACACCAAGGGCCUAGUCGAGCUGAUUGUCCUCAAUGUUGGCAAGGAUCAGAAGGUCCUAGAUGAUGAAUCGUUUGCGAUCAUGGUGAUUGUAGCUGUGACUAUGACAGGCAUUAUCAUGCCAAGUGUAACUGCAAUUUACAGGCCAGCAAGGAGAUUCAUACCGUACAAACGACGAACGAUUCAGAGGUCUAAGCCAGAUGCUGAGUUAACAGUGUUGGUGUGCAUCCACACCCCUCGAAAUGUGCCAACAAUCAUCAACCUGCUUGAAGCCUCCCACGCAACCAGAAAAUCCCCCAUAUGUGUGUAUAUUCUUCACUUAGUUGAACUUACUGGCAGGGCAUCUGCCAUGCUCAUAGUGCACAACACUCGAAAAUCUGGACGUCCAGCCCUCAAUCGGACACAAGCUCAGUCUGACCAUAUAAUCAAUGCCUUUGAGAAUUACGAGCAGCACUCAGGAUGUGUUUCUGUUCAGCCACUCACAGCGAUUUCUCCAUACUCCACCAUGCACGAAGACAUCUGCAACUUAGCAGAGGACAAAAGAGUUGCCUUUAUCAUCAUCCCUUUCCACAAACAACAAACUGUUGAUGGAGGUAUGGAAGCCACAAAUCCAGCAUUUCGAUUGGUGAACCAGAAUGUAUUAGCCAAUGCACCUUGCUCAGUUGGGAUCCUUGUGGAUAGAGGUCUAAGCGGGUCUACUCGCUUGGCUGCGAAUCAGGUUUCUCACCAUGUAGCAGUGUUGUUCUUUGGUGGACCUGAUGACCGAGAGGCAUUAUCAUAUGCAAGGAGAAUGUCUGAACAUCCAGGGAUUAGCUUGACUGUGAUGCGAUUCCUUCCAGGAGAAGAUGCAGCUGAGCCUGCGCAACAACCAAGUGGUGACCCUACAGAUCCCAUAAUACUAACAGUAGAAACAGAAAAUGAGAGAGAGAAGCAGCUCGAUGAGGUUUCCAUAAACAAGUUUAGAAUGAAAAACGCAAGUGAUGACUCAAUUUAUUACAUUGAGAAAGUGGUAAACAAUGGUGAGGAAACAGUGGCAGCAAUAAGAUCAAUGGACAAUGCACACGACUUAUUCAUAGUAGGGAGAGGGCAAGGGAUGAUAUCACCACUCACAGCUGGACUUACAGACUGGAGUGAGUGCCCAGAGCUCGGCGCAAUUGGUGAUCUGCUAGCAUCCUCAGACUUCGCUGCAACGGUUUCAGUGUUAGUUGUGCAACAAUAUGUUGGGGCAGGGCAACAAGAGAUGGUAGGAACACCUGACAGUACAGGUCAGCAAGACGAGCAAUAUGGUAUUAUACAGCAGACGAACCGGCGUUCACCAGCAGCAAGGGUUCACGCUGAGUAUUUCCCAUAA